AGAUCCGCCAGAGCCAAAGAAGCCCAAGGAGCAUGAAACAUAAGUAUAAUGAUGCUAAAAAGCAAACCAGCUCUGAACGUGAAAUCAACUUUCAGGCCAAGACCACACACACACACAUUAGCACACACACAAUAACUCAAGCUAAUCUGAGAGCUGAUAACGUCAUGGAAAUCGGAGUGCUGUGGUGCAACAAAAUGACACAUAAAUCAUGUGCAAGGGAGAGGAUGCAAAAUGCUGCAGUUUCUGUGAUGGAUACAAAUAGCCGUCUGAUGUCUGGAAAGCUCUCAUAUAAAUACUUGUCUUUGUAUUGCAUGGGAUACUUCCCCCAAACUGCAGUACGAUUAAUAAUUUCUGAUGCAAAAUGACUGAAUGCUAGUUUAUAAAGAAUCAGGUCACUUUGCUGUUUCACUUUUGCCACCUAAAAACGAAGGUUUUUACAUGUUCUAAUCAAAGUCAAAACUUUUUUUUUAAACAAUGAACUGACGGUCUAUACAUCCCAACACUUUGCAGCAUCCUGCAUCUGUAGACUAUACAUCAAGGCUAUGAUCAUACUUCAAACAUGAAACAAUGGGGUCUGUCUAUGCAGGUGCCUUGGCCACUGGAGGGCACUGUGAGCGGUGCUGAGGCUGGGUGGCCGAGGAAGGAAGGUUGAAAGUUACCUUGGCCAGCUCACCAGAUGGGCUCGGUGAAGCAUGUCAGAUGGCUGUGACAGCUACCUGCCCUUCCUUAAGGACUGUCACUGUGUAUAAACAAACCAUUACUCUAUAAUUUGUGAGUGCACUGCCUUAUGUGUGUACAAGGGCAUGCUUGCACUGAACCCACUAAAUGAACAUAUCAGAAAAGUUGCACCUACAGUAUCUAGCCUACCAUAAUAAAACCUUCUUCAUGCUGUGCAAGUCUACAUAACUUUAUUUUAAAUUCUAAUGAAGAUAACAAAGUUUCCAAAAAUAGCAAAUAUGUAGGGCUGAAUUUUGGGGAAAUGGAUAAAAUGAUGCACACAACAUUUAUAAUAUUUCUAUUUGAUGGAAUAGCGCAGCCAUAAAAACAUGCAGUCUAAGCUUUGGCUAUUUUUAUCAUGGUAAACACCAUAUAGCUUCAAUGAAGUGUUUGAACAAGCGGAAACCGAACAUAUAGGCUACUGUAUGUAUGGUAUAAGAUAAAUUGUCCUCAUAUCUAAGGGGAAAACUGUAGGUUAAGAGGUUAAAUGUAAUAAUUAACUGUUAACCUAAACUGUUGCAAAUGGUACCAGUGAAGAGGAACAUCUCCCCAGUCUGGGUGUAGAUUAAGAUGGAGAACCCUGAAGGCCUCAUUAAUUUGCAGCAGAACGCGUCGUCGGAUGCUGAGCCUCCGCUCAUCACUGCGCAGCCGCAGUUUCUCCAGGACGCAGAGAGCCGAAGAGGGAGACAGAAAAAUGGCCCUCGAUAAUUUAAUUUUCGCCCAGUGCAUCCUUUAUUUUUUAGCCUUCGUAUUCGGUUUCAUCGCCGUGGUACCUCUGUCUGAAAACACGGAGGACUUCGGGGGGAAAUGCCUGCUCUUCACGCGGGGUAUGUGGCAAAAUGAGAACAUCACUGUGUCGAAGCAGCGCUUCAUCGUGGAGGAGUGGGGACCCGAGUCCUCCUGCAGCUUCAUCACUUUUGUCGGGAUAGCGUCCCUCAUCCUGUCCGCAGUGCAGGCAUGGAGGCUUCUGUUCUUUCUGUGCAAAGGACACGACGACUCCAUCUUCAACGCCUUCCUCAACCUGCUGAUCAGCUCCCUGGUGGUGUUCACAGUCUUCCUGUCCAGCACCAUCGUCAGUGUGGGUUUCAACAUGUGGUGUGACUCCAUCACUGAGAGUGGGACCAUGCCCAGCAGCUGUGAGGACCUGCAGGACACCGAUCUAGAACUCGGCCUGGACAACUCUGCUUUCUACGACCAGUUUGCUAUAGCUCAGUUUGGCCUGUGGGCUUCCUGGCUCACCUGGCUUGGGAUCGCAGUGAUGGCCUUCCUGAAGGUCUACCACAACUACAGACAAGAGGACCUGCUGGACAGCCUGAUCCACGAGAAGGACCUGCUGCUCGGCCGCUCCUCACGCCACAGUUCUGACCUCAAGACCGGCCUGAUCUAGACACCAGAGGACGCACAAACACACACACUCACACUCAACCAUACAGUCUUCUCGCCUGCCAUGAGCAGCACUACUAUUUGCCUAUGUAGACAAUCAAAAUGAUUUGGCUUUUGCUCCCAUUGACUAUCGAGUGAAUCAAACAGAAGGUUUUAGCUUUGUUCUCCAAAAGUAAUUGAUUUACCCUAAAAAAAAAUACUCCCAAUGGUUGUUAACCUUUGGAAGAGUCCUGCUUUAUUGAGUUUAUUCAUCCAUUGUGUGUAUUCCUCUUCAACACACACAACCACAGCCCAGCUCUGAUAGUAUUAAAACCAUUUAAUGGAAAUAUACACCCAGUUUUUCUCAACUCAUGAAUUUCUAUUUAGCAACACAGUAUUAAUGGCUUGGACAGACUGGCUGAUGGAUCAUGUUGUCUUUGUGAAACUUCUGCAUGGACCUAAUGCAUGACAAAUGAAUAGGGUGGUGGUUUUUAGAUGUAAAGGGAUGUUCUUUUGUUUUAUACACCAAUAAAUGUGUCCCUAAAGUAGACUUAUUUUUGUUAGGAUACGCACUGCACACUACUUGAUAAAGUGAGAAUUCUUUGCAUGCUGCAGCAAAGAAAUAUGAUGUGUGCUUUUGCAGUGUUAAUCAGCAGUUACAAAAGGCGUUUUAUAAAAAUGACAAAUUGUAGUUUAGAACAUUCAUGUAUCAGGCAGCCAGUCGAAAAAUGCUUUUAGCAAUCUGUGUGAAAUAAAAAACAAAUCCUAUUCUGUGCCAUAUACAGUAGUAACUCAGGCUUCUCCUUCACACUUUAUAGGCUACAAACCAAUAUACUGUAUUACUGUGAAUAGACGCACAAAUGUACUUGCAUGCAUCUCUCUCCCUGUUACAUACACAUUGCACUUCACUUGCUGUCAGAGAUUACAGGGAGAAAGAAAAUCAUCUGCUUGACUUUGAUAGGCAAUGACAGUUUUAUUCAAAACAAAUGAAAUCAUAAAAUGGUAGGAACCAAGAAAACCCUCCAUAAAGGCACUUCUUUCAAAGUGACCAUAAAUGUUUGGACAGCCGUGAAAUGCAGCUUCUAAGCUAAAUGUGCAUAUACAGAACAUGAGUUCACUGGGUAUUGUUUUAUUGCUAAUUAUUUAGUUUGACAGUACAGAGUCGAGAGUAUUUCUUUCUUCUAUAGAGGCGUUAUUAGCCUUAUAUUGCUUUGACAUUCAAAUGUGAAACCUCCAAAAUCCAACGCUUUCCUUUUGAGUUCCCUGAAACCUGUUAUAUAAAGAACAAUGUUUUACUAUGUUAAACUAUGUGAUGUGUGUUAUUGCUCAUAAUGAGAGGUCUGUGGGAUGCGCAUCACUGUGCCCUUUAAUUCCUAUAAUUCAUUUGUGUGGUGGUUUGGCUGUUUGAAUUAUAUUUGCUUAAUUUGAUAAAGGGACUCGCAAACAAUAA